UCGGCUGGCACUUGACCCUCUGAGCGCCGUCUCCGUGCAGAGCAUCAUGGCGCUGGGCGGUCGUCUGGCCUUGGCCGCGCUCAGAGUGUGGGGCCCCGGAGGUGGGAGAAGGCCCAUAUCCCUCUCUGCGGGAGCCUCAGUCGGCUUUGGAUGUGGGGGCAACAGUGAGAAAGUGAAGCUGUCUCUGCAGGAUGUAGCUGAGCUGCUUCGGACCCGAGCCUGCCAGAGGGUCGUGGUCAUGGUGGGGGCCGGCAUCAGCACACCCAGCGGCAUCCCAGACUUCAGAUCCCCAGGGAGUGGCCUGUACAACAACCUCCAGCAGUAUGACAUCCCAUACCCUGAGGCCAUCUUCGAACUGGGCUUUUUCUUCCAUAACCCCAAGCCCUUUUUCACGCUGGCCAAGGAGCUGUACCCUGGGCACUACAGGCCUAAUGCCGCUCACUACUUCCUUCGACUGCUCCACGACAAGGAGCUGCUUCUGCGGCUCUACACACAGAACAUCGAUGGGCUUGAGAGAGUGUCUGGUAUCCCUGCCUCAAAGCUGGUUGAAGCUCAUGGGUCCUUUGCAUCAGCUACAUGUACAGUCUGUCGAAGGUCCUUCCCGGGGGAAGACAUGUGGGCCGAUGUGAUGGCAGACAGGCUGCCCUGCUGCCCUGUUUGUACUGGCAUUGUGAAACCUGACAUUGUGUUCUUUGGGGAGCCGCUGCCUGCAAGGUUCUUAUUACAUGUGGCUGAUUUCGCCAUGGCAGACCUGCUACUCAUUCUUGGGACCUCCCUGGAGGUGGAGCCUUUUGCUAGCUUGUCUGAAGCAGUACAGAAGUCAGUGCCCCGACUGCUCAUCAAUCGAGACUUGGUGGGGUCCUUUGCUUGGAGUCCACGUAGCAAGGACGUGGCCCAGCUAGGUGAUGUAGUUCAGGGUGUGGAAAGACUGGUGGACCUCCUGGGCUGGACACAAGAGCUGCAGGAGCUCAUCCAGCAGGAAACUGGAAAGCUGGGUGGACAGGACAGAUAAGACUUCGUCACCUGUGGGAAAGUCACACAGGAGAUCCUCUUUCCAGGGAGACCUCAUGCCUGAAAACAGCUCGGACAGGUUUACAAAUCUGGGCCAAACCACAACGUGGGACCUGGUUAGUGGUCUUCUGAGGCUGCCUUUGUAAAGACUGACCAGGGAUGUUCACCCUUGGGGCCACGGCAUCAGAAUGCAAGAGUCCAUGUGUGCUCUGUCCCAUCACUGCUGAAGCUUGUAGUGCAGAAUGCUUCUUUCUGGCAGUGGUCCUUACGGUUAUCUGGAGGGCAGCACAGCCAAGUCCAUCAUCACCAGACCCAGGUGAUGCACUAGGGUAAUCUACCAUGUCAGUCUCUACAGAGAUAUCUUUGACUAAAAAACAUCUUCAUUUCUCGCAUGAAAUAAAUUUUAGUAUAAAAACUU